AUGAGCCGCCAGCUAAACACUGUGCAGCAGGCGUAUACCGCAAACAUGCGGUGCUUCGCAGGUCUCCCGGUUGCAAUGUCUCCAGACAUGAACUGGCACCAAGCGGCAAAUACUCAGCAGCGGCCGCUGGCUUUUGACGGCGGCGUAUUUCUUGGCAGUCAAUCCCAGGGACAGCAUUUAUUUGUCCCGGCAACGCAUCUGGGCAUGGACGCCACGGCCAUGGCGUCUCACAACUACCUCGGCACACAACUGCACCACAAGGAGAGCGCCUUUGGUAACGACAUGACCAACAUGACAACUCAUCGGCCCCGUAUCGGUUCCGUUUUCGCCUUCGUUGGCCGAGAGAGCCCAGCCGGAGUUGGCGGUUUAGGUGUUUAUUCGUACCUGCUCAACUGA